AUGGACCCACUUCAAGCGAAGUCAUCUAGUGAAACGAGCGAUGAUAUCACGUCGUCAAUCGUCCCUCCAGAUGACGACACUCCAAUGUCAACUACUGUAUCGUCGUCUGAGCAUACAGAAGAAUCUGGUGUGUUUCGUCUACACCAAGCUCGUCGAGUGAUGCGGCAGACCUGGGAGUGGUUACGCCCUUUAAUAACGCAAUUUUGCAUACAUUCCUACCAACCUGCUGAAUCGAACAUUACCGUUGAGCACGAGAGCAAUCGGAUUACGACCGAUGGACUGAGAUGUUCGGACUCGAUCAAUGACAGCAUUUUGAUGAUCGUAGAAUCGCCUGUGGUGAAGAAAAAGGAAGCCAGUUCCUCAAAUGCGCCGAGACGCGCUCGGAGAAGAUUUAACAUCGACUUUAUUGAGUUUGACCAGACGGAAGAAAAUUUACUGACUGCAAGCAUAAACUCGACGGAACUAGAUUUUCACGGAGAAAAGAUUGAUGUGAAUGUCGACGAUUUAGACGAUACUCGUGUAAUUGGUAGUGGAAAUUUUGGUGUUGUUUAUGAAGUUACUCUUCGAAGAGAAACAAGAACUAUUCGGAUGGCCCUUAAAUGUUUAGAACAUAGAAGAGACAGGCAUGGAUACUCAUCAGCCAAUAACGAAUGGGAAAUAUUAAAAACUAUCGGUCCUGAUAAGAAUCCACAUAUUAUCGAGUACUAUGGUGCCAUGAUUAAUUCUUCAAUUAAUUAUAUGUGCAUCUGGAUGGAGUUGAUGGACACGUCAGUGAAGAACUUCUAUGUGACUAUGCAUUCAUUAGGAGAACCUCCUCGUGCGCAACUCGAGUUUUUCAUUCGUCGCGUUGCUCAUCAUAUUACUUCUGCAUUAUGGUUUUUGGAAACAAAAAAUCUCCUCCAUCGAGAUGUUAAACCUGCCAAUAUGCUUGUUAAUAAAGAAAAUGUCGUUGUUAAAUUAUGCGAUUUCAACAUCUGUUGCCGUCGAUCAAAUUCAGAUCUCCACCAAGGAUCUACUCAUUAUCAACCACCUGAACUCAAAGAAGCGGCUAUUCAGAAUGAUAUGUGGGCGCUCGGUAUUAGCUUAUUAGAAAUUAUUACCAAUAAACAUCCAUUUGAGGAUUGGCCAGAAGACAAUAAUCGGUAUUUUAAAAUUAUACUAUGGGAACGUACAGUUCCAGAAGGGAUAUCUGCUCCGAUGCGAAGGCUUAUUUUACACUUGUUAAUGAAUUCCGCAGAUGACCGGCCCAGUUCGUACAAAGAUAUUUUGGAUACGCUUGUCGAGCACGACAUGAUUUCGGCACCAUCUGAUGCUGACAAUCACUUUGUUUCUCAGGUCAUGAUCAACAUUCCUCCCAUUGAUAUUCCUGCCUAA